AUGCCGAAAAAUCCAUACAAACAAAUAACUAAUUUGAGUAAAUCUCAAAAGAACCGCAGAUUACGUGUAUUACAACAAGCCUCUUUAGCUAGUGAUACUUGUGCAGUACCUAUUAGUGUGGUUUCAAAUACUGUAGCUCCCGAUCCUGAUAUUGAGAUUAAUCACGCCAAUGCCGAAUUCUUUAACGAAUUCAAUAUUUAUUGUCCUAGUAGUAGUACUAGUAGUAGCAGUACUAGUAGCUGCAAUAGUAGUAGUUCAAAUGAUUAUUUUGAGGAUGAAUAUUUUAAUGAAUGUAGUAACACCGAUAGUAAUCUUUCUACUAAAUUAAGGGAAUGGGCUUCAGAGAAAUAUAUUUCUGCUAAUGCUUUGACUUCGCUUUUGCACAUUCUCACUUCCAGUAAUCCAUUAGAUCUAAUAACUCUUCCAUAA